ACACACGAACACCCUUCGUUCUUAUCCUUCUUAUACCGAGACACUGGUUCUUCUUUUGUAAAAUCAAUUCUUUUUUGGAAUUCUUUCGAAUUGUGCUUAUCCUAUAUAGCCCUUUCGGUCCCUUUCCUGUACCCUCUUUUGGUCCCUCAUUCCGUUAUCUCUCGACAACUUCUCAUACAUCCCGACUCACCCACUUCGACACUUUCAUCUUACCUACGACUUGUUUUCUUUCAUCGACUGAGAGAGCGCAUCAUCGUCGGCCUCGAGUGUUGCAAAGUACAUGUAUAAUCACGCCCUUCACCACUACUACUAUUAGACAGUCUCUGCCUCGUGCAAGCUGUUGUCCAGUCACUCCCUUUCAGUUCAGUUCAGUUUGCAAUUAGAGUCUCUCGGCCCUUCCGUGCCUUGAAACCGCCUCACGCUCUACGAUAUCUACGAGACUUACUAUUCUCGACCUAAUAUAAUCUAACGACCAACCAUACAAAAAAUACAACAUUGACGAUAAUAAAACAAACUUCUCCGCUACAAAACACCAUGGAUUCCACAUAUGUUCACCCCCCACCAGUGAUGGGACAAUCACCGUUCUUCUACUACAACCCGGACCCAAAGCCAGAUAACAGACAGCACGGCCACUUCUCGCCUCACCCAAACAUCCAGGUGCAGACUUACCAGCAUGUGCUGCCUUCGACCCCGACGUACUCGAGGCCGACAUCUUCCUGCUCACAGCCGCCGAUGCCCAUGCAGGUGUUCAAUGCGGCCAUGCAAGCCUCAAUGACCCCAAUGGCCUCCCCAAGGCCCAUGUACCAGAAGCCCGCCAUCUUGAUCCAGGAUCACAACUCGAGGCUCUAUGACUCUGAGAGUGUGGAUGCCGAUGCCUACUACUUCCCAUCGACCCCUCCUCUUUCAUCGCCAGGAAGCAGCGUCGAUAGCCCUUCAAGCUACGACAUCCUGCCAACUCCGUUGGAGCACACUUCCUUCUUCGGAAUUGAGAAUUUCGAGGGUGUGAAGGAGGGUUGCCAAGGUGAGGUUCAAUCCGAGAACCUCGCUGGCCUCGACUGGGCCCGUUGUGGAUCACCGCCAAUGACUCCAGUGUUUAUUCACCCACCUUCGCUUAUGACCAACGCUAGCGAGCUCCUUUCUGCGACAGCCUGCCCCUCGCUUUCACCUUCUCCCUCCCCCUAUCCAAGAUCUGCAAUUUCAGAACAACAAGACUUCGACUUCUGCGACCCACGAAACCUCACCGUUGGUGCCAACGAUUCACCAAACCCAACUCUUUCCGUUGCCUUCCCAACUCUUCCAACGCUCUGCACUGGUGACGAGGAGGAGCACAAGCUUAUGCUAGGGGGUGAAAUCGCCCACAAGGCUGCCGAGAACAACUUUUUCGAUUACACAGCGCACGCUCACCACGGUCUGCCAAUUUUUGAGGAGCUGUCCGAUCUUGACUCUGAGGACGAGUUUGUCAACGGUCUCGUCAACUUUCCUGCGACCGACAACGUUCACUUCGUUGGCAACAAGAGACAACGCACCGAAUCUACCCUCUCCGCAGACGAUAGCUUCUUAUGCGACAACGACUUUGAGGAUUUCGACGAGUCUGAGCAAUUUGCAGUUGCCUGCCUGCCCAGCCCACCCUCGUCCGCCAGCGAGGAGUGCGACGCUCUUCCCGAGAAGCACAACAACAAGGCAGAAGACACCGACGACGAUAGCACCGAGUUUGACGCUAUGGUCCGAAGCCGCAAGUUCACUGUACCAAUGGACGGUGCCGAAGGAGCACCAGCUCAAGAGGCCAGCGAGGGUCAACAGCAAAACUCGACCGCAGCAAGCCAGAGUGGUUCCGAGAAUGCGGGCAACAACGCCACUGGCCCAGGCUCUGAUGCAGGCACUGGAGCUACCCAGCAGGCACCCGUCAACAGACGCGGCCGCAAGCAAUCUCUGACCGAAGACCCUUCCAAGACCUUCGUCUGCGAGCUCUGCAACCGCCGUUUCCGCCGCCAAGAACACCUCAAGCGUCACUACAGAUCUCUGCACACACAAGACAAGCCAUUCGAGUGCCAUGAGUGCGGCAAGAAGUUCUCCCGCAGCGACAACCUCUCUCAACACGCUCGCACGCACGGCAGCGGCGCCAUUCUCAUGGGCGUCCUUGAGGAUGGCGAACUCCCAAGUGAUCACAAGUACGGGGAGUCAGACAGCGAACCAGAGAUCCGCAACUACGGCAAGGUCCUGUACCAGGUCGCAGCCGCAGCUCCUGGCAGCGACGGCGAGCCUUCCAGCUCGGAUUCCGACAGCCAGUCGAGGAAGAAGAGGAAGCGCUCCGAGUAAAUAAAAACUCAAAAUUUCGGCGGGACAGGGUGUGCAUUUACAAACGCGAGCUACGAAUCAUGACUACUAUCGAUUCUUCAUAAUGGGUCGUCUUUUCCAUCUUUGGGAAUGUGCGAUCGAUAGGGCUUUUUCCAGUCUCCGGACUACGACGGUGCAGGUGGUGGGAGGUGAACAGUGCGCAGUUCCGAACCAAAAAGUCGUUUAUACCUUUUUCUAUUUUUCUUCUUCUUCAUUGUAUUAUCUGGGCUUAUUAGCUCCACACCUUUUUAGUUCUCUGCCGCGAUCUUUGUUUGUUUGUUCUUUGCCUUUUUGUUUUCCCGAUACCUUUUCUGACGAUUAGCGUGAUGAUGGUUGUUUUUAACGGGAUUUGGAUUUGAUUUUUUUCAAAAGGCGCGAGAAGAGGAGAGAAAGAAAAUAAUCCAGUUGUCUACAAAGUUAGCUUUGGUAGUUCUGGCGGCGGCGGGUGGAUUGUAAAUGGUCUAGGGAUAUGGCCCUCAGACACGGAACAAUUUGUUUUUCGGGAGAAAACUUCUUCUUCAAUCCCUUCAUUCGCUUUUUAUAGUUUUCCUUUUUAUUACUUCCUACAGUCGUUUUAAUCUCUGGAAGAGGGCGGGAAAGACUGGACGGGAACACUAGUUCCUGUUUUCCAUACACGCCCCGUCCUCUUCCCACUUUGUGCGUUGAUCGUUAUUGCUUUUCAAGUUUCGGAAUUCGUUUUUCGAGGAGGAUGGGGAUGGUUAUGGUGGUGGUUGUAGUAAGAGUCAUGUGCUGGUCACUAGAUAAAUAGCCUUAAGUUAAUUACCGAUGUGUAUACAUUUUACAUUUAAAACCC